UUUGCCAUUCGAUAUUGUGAACAUGGCGGGUUCCCAAAUGAAAAAGUUGGCCUUUUUGGCGGGGAUCCUGGUUUUGGUGGGCCUGGUCAGUUCCACCCUUCAUCGUAUACCCGUCCAUAGAUCACCGAAAUUCACACGUAGUCACAAAAAUAUUGUCGCCGAAAGGGAUUUUAUUCAGCAGAAAUACAAUCGCCAGUACACCGCCAAUGGUCACCCCGUGGAGCAACUAUCCAACUUUGAUAAUUACCAGUAUUACGGAAAUAUUAGUAUUGGAACCCCCGCUCAGUACUUCCUGGUACAAUUCGAUACCGGCUCGUCAAAUCUUUGGGUUCCGGGAAGUUCAUGUACGAGCACCGCGUGUGAGGAUCAUCAAGUCUUCUACGAAAGUCUGUCCAGUACCUAUGUGGCCAAUGGAACGGCCUUUUCCAUAACCUAUGGAACUGGCAGUGUUUCUGGUUAUCUAUCCGUGGAUUAUGUGAGCUUCGCCGGCCUGACUGUAAAAAAUCAAACAUUUGGUGAGGUAACCACCGAGCAGGGAACCAACUUUGUGGAUGCCUACUUCGAUGGAAUACUUGGCAUGGGUUUUCCCAUUCUGGCUGUGGAUGGUGUUACGCCCACGUUCCAGAAUAUGGUAAGCCAGGGCCUAAUUCAGAACCCUGUGUUUUCAUUUUUCCUGCGAGAUAAUGGCAGUGUUGUUAACUACGGAGGUGAACUCAUAUUGGGCGGUUCGGAUCCCUCGCUUUAUAGCGGUGGCCUAACCUAUGUGGAUGUCAUCCAGGCGGCCUAUUGGAAAUUCCAAACGGAUUCCAUCAAAAUCGGCAGUACCCUCAUUAGUACCUACGAUGCGGCAAUUGCGGAUACUGGAACUUCCUUGAUUAUAGCUCCCAUAGCGGAAUAUGCUAUGAUUGCUGCAUUAUUCGGUGCCGAUUCCGAGGGAACAUUCGAGUGCACUAGUUUGGAUUCAUAUCCGGAUCUGGUAAUCACCAUUAAUGGCGUGGACUUUAGGAUCGCAGCCAAGUACUAUAUCAUCCAGGAGAACUAUUUGUGCUCGCUGGCCAUUCAAUCCAUUACAUCCCAGGACUUUUGGAUUAUGGGCGAUGUGUUUUUGGGUCGCUUUUACACCGAAUUCGAUGUGGGCAAUCAAAGACUGGGCUUUGCUCCAGUAAACUCUGCGAUUUCCCUAAGGCAAACGGCUCUGUGGCAGGUCUUCACUUUAGUGCUGGCUUGUGGAAUGUGGAAACUAUGGCAAUAAUAUGUUUCUUAGUCAUCAAAGCAAUCCCCAAAAAUAUUAUUCUAAAAUUAAAACGAAAUAAGUGAGAUUUUUAAUAUAGUUUACCUUUUUUUUUUGGGGGGUUUUUCUUCCCUAGA